AUGAAUAAAAUCUGUUUUUGUUCUUAUUUUAUUACAAUCAAACUUUUAAAUUUAUAUAAUACUUUUUAUAUGAAUACUGCUAAUAAAGCAACUAGAGUAACGCUUUUACUUGCAAAUGUUUGUUGCAGAAUACUAUUUUUUUAUUUCUUUUGGUUAGCCUCUGUAGAUGGAGAUUCUUCAUUAUAAAAUAGACAAUUUGCUUUUAUUAAUGAAAUGUGGGCUUGGGAACAAUAUCCAUAUUCAUCCAUCUAAGCUUUUUAAUCAACUGAAUGUCCUGAAGAUUGGAUAUUAUUGACAUCUUUUAAUUGGCCUGGAACUAAAGAACAUUUAAAUUCAAAAGGAGAAUUCAUACCUAAAUAAUCAUCUUAGAGUUUUUUUUUAUGGACUACAACAGAAUAUUAAAAGGCAUUUAUUUUGUGUGGUUAAUAAAUCAAACAUAAUGUGAUUUCAACAGUUAAUUCAACACAAACCUGUGAAGAUAGGGACAUGAAAGAUUGUGGAAUUGAUAAAAUGUAAUUUUGUAUUGAUUCUGAUCUAACUUGUCCAAUAAAUAGCAUUUAGAUAGAAAUGAAUGAUUAAACUAUUGAUAUACUUACUACCAAUAUUGAGACCAAUAAAGAUAAUAUGCCUAUCAGUCUUAUUCGUAUUGAUUCAUACAUACCUUGUGCAACAAAGAAUGAAACUAAUGCCUAGCCAGAAGUAUAAUAUGACGAAAAUUUAGAAGAAUAACCUUAGUCUUGUUUGGAAUUGGAUAAGGAGUACAUCGAAGUUAAUAGCAUUACUGAUCAGCUUUACUUUUAGAUUAAUGAUGCUCCAGAUGUAUUCAUUGAUAAAGAUGGAACAAAAUGUAUUUAAUUUAAUUAAUUAGCUUUGUUUUAUAAACCAUAUCCAUUUUGGAAUAAGGAAUGCAAUGGAGAGAUGUUUUUGGUAGCGUAAAAGCAAGAGAACACAUUGAAAAAUUACAGAAACACUGAAUAUGCAAAUUUCAUAUUAGUGAUAGUUUAUCUAUUAGUUUGUAAUUAUGGGAUACCCAUGAUUCCAUACAUAUUUAGAUGUGUAGGUAAGUCUAAGAAUUUAUAUAAGGUCCAUUGAGUUUGAAAACAUUGACUUAUUUAGAUUAUUUAUUGAGACUUGUAUUAUCAGGAACGAUGACAUAUUUAUCAUUUGCAAAUUUAGAUUAUGGGAGACAAUUGUUGGAUAGUUUGGACGUACUUUGGGGGAUGUAAUGCAUAAAAGAAGAAGAAGUAGUAUUUUAAGAUCAAUACAGACUAUCUAUGGUAGAUUUGCAGAUCAAAUAGAAACAUAAAGAGCAUUAGAUAUAGUGGCAGUAACAUUUUCAUUUGUGCUAUGGGCAAUUGAGGGAUCUCUAUUAUGGUUGUUAGGUUGUUAAGAAACAAUUAAAUAAUGUAGACGUGGAUACCGUAGAUUAAAAAUAAAAAAAGAUGUUGAAAAUGCUUUUGAUAGAUUAAAUCAAAGUUAAUCCUUAUAAUGAACAUUUAUUUAUAAAAAAUUAAUUUUUCAUUAAUAAUAUGUUCAAAUUUGGAAAAGAGAAAUUCACAAAGAAAUCUUUACCAAAGAAUUUUGCAGAUUAAAUUCUUAAUCUUGAAAUGGAGAUUGAAUUAAAUGAUUAAGUUUAAAUUGAACUCAUAUAAGAUUUGAUUUCUCUUUAUAUGGUAAUUCUUACAUAUAUUAAAUAUCUAUAUAGGAGGGAGUAGAAUAUUAUGAAUCAAUUAAAGAUAGAAGACAUCUAUAUUUUUAGAGAAAGUUAAAUGCACUUAUGUUAAAACCAACAUUCAUUAAUACUACUACAAAAUAUGAAGAAUCUCAAAAACCAAAAGAGAAAGAUGAAAAUCAAAUUAAAAGAUCGAAAUUCUAAGAAUAAACUCGUAGAAUUGAACUUGAUCUUAUUUAUAGUUAAACUGAAUCAAAAGAGGUAUUCUUUACAUUUUUUUGAUUGAGGCUUAAGUUAAAGGAAUAGUUGAAAAUCACACAAAUUAAGUUAUUAAAAUUGAAAAAAUCAUCAAAAAUGAAAUUGCAAAUUAAUCUGAUGUAUUUCAAUAACGUCUAGAACGUCGCCGUCGUUCUAAAUUAACACAUUCUCUGAGUCAACCUGAGAUUGAUCUAUAAUCUUAAAAAUCUGGUAAUAGUAAUAAAAAGAAAUAAAUUGAAUUACAUGAAUAAGUAGGUAUUCAGAAAAUCUAUUUCAUUUUUAGUUUAAAUCAAAUAAAUAAUUCAUGAAGAAGAUGAAACAGCUGCUAAUAGAAAAGAUUCCACAUUAAAAAAAACUUAGGAAAAGAAAUGGGAAAUCAUUCAUUAAGCCUCAAUAAUAUAAGACAAUAAGUAAUUUUUUAUAUUUUAAAUUUUAGAAAACGAACUAAUAGUUUAAUAUCAAGAAGAAGAUCUAUAUUUCUAACUACAAAACAAUUGACAUCAAUCAAAAGAUCUUUCAGUGAUGGAGCAAUAAGAUCUUUAGAAGAACCAAAAGAAUGA